GAUGAUUUUUAAUAAAGACGAGAAUUAUAUUCACAGUGGAGAAUUUUUAAGCAAAUAUAUGAAAUUGGGUUGUUAUUUAAUCUUGAAGAGUAUGCGUUCAAUGCGCGAGGAAAUAAAUAUUUCAAUUAAAGGAAAACAAAACAUGGUUGAGAGUAAAAGCACAAAAAAGGUUUUAAAUUUUUAA